UUGUUUGAGUACGUGCCGGAGGGCGGGGCUUUCGUGAGGUCUAGAAUUAGAACAGUGGAGAGCGGAGACUUUAUCCUCAGAGCGCUGGCGGCGCACAGGGGGAGAGGACCGCGUGUUGUCAUCGCUAUUCGGGGUGCACGUAGAAGAUGCUGCAGGACGAGUUUUACAGCCUGAGCGAGCUGAUGGAGCCCGGCGGAGCGGUGAAUUAUGCCGGGGACGCCCUCGGUCAGACCCCCGCACACAUGGCGGCACACUGGGGACAAGCAUUCUUCCUUCUCUGGCAGCUGCGGACAGGAGUGGACAUUAACCAGCAGGAUUUCUUUGGAGAAACCCUGAUCCACAAAGCGGCCCGUUCUGGGAGUCUGGAAUGCCUCAGCGUGCUUGUUGCUCAUGAUGCUAGACUCGACGUCUGUAAUAAGGAAGGACUCACAGCCGAAGCUCUGGCAUUGUCCGGUGGUUUUGAGGAAUGUGCUAAAUUUCUGGCAGCUGUAAAACAUACCCAAGAUACGUUCUCUGGAGUGCAGUCAUCAAUGCAGGAUUUGAAGGAGACAACUGGUAUCAAGAGAGGACAAUGUAGCAGACCCCCUGCUUAUGGAAAGAGGAGAUUGUCAGAUGGACUCUUGUAGAUGGACACACGAUUUCCAUAUGUACUUGGCUUUACUCUGCUUCCAUGAGGAGCUCUUACCUACUGGCUCACAUUAAGCUGGAUUACACUACAGCCUCUCUGCUGGACAGAAGAGGCUUCAUGGAGGAUGCAGGCUGGACCAUUUUGUUUUUUAUGACUUUUCUAAACUGUAUUUUUAAAUAAAAAAAUUGCAUACA